AUGACCACAAAUUUAGAAACAAACUACCCACCUUUAGAUUAUUAUUUAAACCCUAAUAAAAGCAUAACAUUUUCAUAUGAAAAAGAUAAUGAUUCCUUUCAACAAGGAAUACUUUGUGAAGACGCGAAAAGUUACUUAAUCGGCUAUUUACAUCUUAAUUAUCAAAAAUGUAAAAAAAUCAAACGGGUUAGCUUGCAUUUAAAAGGACUAGAAAAAACUUUAUGGAUUAAGGCAGAAUCAAUAAAACCCUGUGGAGGAGAGCGUGUACUUGUUGAUACGACUCAUGUAAUUUUUCAACCAGGAACGGACGUUUUAAUUGAUCAAUUAAAGGUUCAAUUUAAAAUAAAUUUACCCGAUAAUCUUCCAGGAACAAUCGAGACAAGGUUUGGAUCCGUAAGUUAUAAUUUACGCGCUAUCGUAACCAGGAAGAGCGGAUUAUUUCAUUCUAAAGAUGAUGUAGUUGAAAUCAAGUGCCCACUUAAAACUACCAUAACUUUGAAUUAUACAAAUGUUUCUCCUCAUAAAAUCGAAGGUACACAAAAUGGUUUGGUUUAUGUAUUCGAUUUACCACCAAAAAAAUAUUUUCAACUUGGAACUUCUGUUUCGAUACCAAUGAAUAUUUAUUUAUUAGAAUCAAACGUUAUGAUCAGGAAAGUUGAAAUUUCCUUGAAAAGUUGCAUGAAUUUUUAUUGUGACCAAUCGAAUGAAGAUUUUGAUAAGGAAGAACAAGUUAUCUCGCAUAUUUUACAAGGGAAGAAUUUAAAACCAAUUUCAGAAUAUAAUGAAAAGAAAUUUCAUCACAUAAUAGAAUUUUCAACUCCCAACAAUGCACUACCAACCUAUUCAGGUCAACUUAUUAAGAUUAGUAAUAAACUUUGUAUAAGAUUUUGCUUCUCUGAGGGAACAGAUCGAGAUUUUCAAAUAGAAGAAAGUGUACAAAUAGUUAACAUUCAUGAAAGAUUAUUCGCCGAUGGUAAUUGCACACACUUUCCGGAUCAAUUUAUUCUUGUACCUGAAUCGAGUAAUAACGAUCUUGGGAUGGUAACAUCAAACGGAAGCGGAGUUAAUGGUGAUUUAAACCCAAAUCUUCAUGAUUUUGAUACGGGAGUGCUAACGUCAAAACAACAAGAAACCAUUCGGCAGCUGAAGUUGAAUCAUGGUUUAUUUUUGGACGGAACUAGUGUAGAACCUAGUAAACAGGCUGUUAUUUUUGAAGAUGGAAGCCUAAAUGCAACAUUAUAUAAAGGACAUCCUAUAGUAUACACUAGCAUUAACGAUCCCACAUCUUCUACAAAUUUUCUAGCGUUUUACGAUCAUUAUAAAGCAAAUUUUAAAAACCAAAAACCACCGAUUGAUUGCAUUAAUUAUCCAGUUGCUGAAUUGACUUAUAAAGGUGAUUUGUUAGAAGCCUUUUCAAAUUACGUAGAUGAAUCCAAAGAACAAUUGCAUGAUUUAUAUGGUCACCUUUUUGCAAAAAGAACUUUGCUUGGUGGCAAAUUAUUCAUCACUUAUUCUACGUUGUACGAUAAAGAAGACAUUGAACUUUUAAAAUAUCUCUUAUUUUGGGCAUAUGAUAAUGCAAAAUAUCAAAAAAAUAACGAGAAUCCAUUCGGAAAAUUUUCAGACUUAAAUUAUUUACCAAGGGUAGAAACAUCAGUCGGGGAAAAAUUAAAUACUCUCGACAAAUUGGUCGGUUGGAUGAAUAAGCUAUAUAGGGAAGAAAAGGUUGAGAUAAUCUCUUAUAACGAUCUUAUUCCGAUCACGCAAUUAAGGAACAAUACAAUGUCCGGAAAAGCAUUUGAUGAAAUAAUACCUAAGGUGAUUAAUUUUAAAAAAAAGUUAAGUUUGACGGAUUGGGUCGGCGAUUCGGACUACUUCAAUCUAACGAGAUUUGUAAAAGAUUUUCACCUUCUUCACGGUCUUGUAACGAAUAAACGUGAAAUAAGGAUAGGCAAAAGAAUUGCAAUUAAUUUAAUCAAAAUACCCGAAGUGAGGUUAAACAACAAAUCCUAUUUUAAAAUAAUCAAGCCGUCAACGAAAUUGGAAGAAUUAUUAAUAUCCAAUAAUAUUUUUUCAAUUAAAGAAAUAAGCGCCUUCCCGUUUAUUAAGAAGGGUGAUUUUGAUUAUUUAUGUUGUGGAGACUAUCCCCAUUUAAUGAUCAAAUGUGAACAAUAUGAAAUUCUUAUAAAUAAGGAUCACAUUAAACCUUUAGAAGAAUUUACCACCGCAAUAGACAAAGCACUUGAUGAUAUGAAACCGUAUAAAGCUUUACAAGAUAUCUUUAACGAAUAUGGUCAUUUAUUUCCACAAAGAAUUGUCUUGGGGAGAUCUCUUAAAAAUAUUUUGUCAAUUACACCGUUUAAUAACGACACGAUUAUUUUAAUGCCGCCAAUUUUCAAAACUUUACGACCAAUUCUAGAUAAUUUAAAUAUUUCUUACCUGUUAACACAAAAAGGAAAUUUUAUUGACGUAAAUGAUUCAUUAUCGGAUUGGAUUCAGAAUAUAAACAAUAACAAUAAGUUGGAAAUUAUAGAAUAUAGUGACAUAAUUUCUUUAUAUGAAAUUCUUGAUUUUAAACAAAAGAAGAAGAUCGAUAUGAUUUUAGAGAAUAAUGAUCAGAAUAAUUUUAAGAUCAUUAUGACUGGAAUUGCCACUUUACAGGAUUUAGACAAUCAUAACCUUGAACAUCAUAAACGUGUAAAUCUAGAUCAACCAUUGGGAUGUAAUAAUUAUGAGGUAUUUGGAUCGAUUGUAACCAAAGAUAAUUUAAUGACAAAAGAUUUUUCUGUGAUAUUUAGCUUAUAUGAUGUUAAUGGAUUUUCUGCCAUGAUAACAACCUUAAAUAAUACGACAAAUCUUGAUGUAACGGAAUGUCAUAUCCUGUGGAUGAUUAUUGGGAAUCCUUCAAGCCUAUCGAUUUUCAGUCCCAAGAAUCGAGAAUUUCAAGUCAAUUGUAUUAAAGAAUCCAUUACAUUACAUCACGAUAAUUCUUGUCUUCGUAUUCAAUCUCCUUGUCAGUUAUCUCAGGAAUAUGUUAUCUUUGUUAACGCGAAUUAUAAAUUAACGAAUUAUAAGCCUAAAAAUAUCAUAAAAUUAGUUGGUUGGUCAUAUAAUUGUAUUGAAUUUCAUAUAUCUGAAUCCGUAUAUAAUGAAUCAAAGCUCAGUGAUUCAAAUCCAAGUAUAAUAAUUUCUGAUAGUGAUUUCGAUGAACAACCUCUUCUCAACGAAGAUAUUCCUAUGAACAAUGAUAAUAUAACGAUAGACUUAUGUAUUUGUAUUUUAAAUUCAGACUACAAAAGUUUAAAGAUAGAUCAUGAAGAAAAGGAAUAUCCUUUAGAUUCACUUGCGUAUAUCUUAUCAGAGAAGAAUUUUGAUAAGAAACUAUUAUUGGAAACUAACGAAAAUAAUAUUCAAAAUAUUAUCCUACGACCUUUUAUAGACGAUAUUCAAAUGAUCGUCUCAAUAGAUAUCGGAACGACUUAUUCCAGAUUUGCUUUUGCAAGUAAAAACAGCAAUUAUGAUAUGAUAAAUGAAAAUUCAUUUGAUACAAAUACAGUAUUGCUUUAUGAUGAAAAUUAUAAGGAAGUUAAGGAAUGGGGAUUAAAUGCCAUGGCCGAAAGACCAACAAAAAAAGUGAAAAAGCACAACAUGUGUAGUAUUGUUGAAUACUUUAAAUUACAUUUGUUCGAAAUAUCCGAAGAAGAUAAACCACCAUUACCAAAAGGUUUUGAUCAUAAAAUGGCAAUUGUAGAUUAUUUACGGCAGCUAAUUGAGGCAGCAGCCAUAUACUGCAAGAAAAUAUUAGAGAAAAAACUCUUGUUGGAAGAACUCAAAAAUAACUUUUUGGUUGUUAAUUGUGGAGGCGGUAUAGUUGAAUUAACCCUUAGACAAUUAUCAAAUAAUCAAUUGGCAGAAAAGUCAUCAACUUCAAGUAAACAUUGUGGAUCGAUUUAUGUGAAUAAAGAAUUUCUUGCAUUUAUCGCAAAAAAAGUUGGUCUAGAUGCCUUGGAGAACCUUCAAAGCAACCAUUAUGAACAAUUGCAAUACAUGAUUCAACAAUUUUGCAAAAAUUGUAAAAUAAAAUUUACUGGAAAUAAGGAUGAUUUUGAACCUUAUAAGAUGGAUCUUGAAGAAACUUGUCCCGCCAUCAAAGAUUAUAUUACUGAACCAUAUAAAGAAGUAUUUAUGAAAAACGAUUGGCUUAUAAUCCUUACAUAUGAUGAUGUUAAAACAUUGUUUGAACCGAUUAUAGAUCAAAUAAUCAAAUUAAUUCGUGAACAAUUAUAUUCCAUAAACAUAUGUUUUGCUAUGGUUUUAGUAGGUGGUUUUAGUCAGUCAGAAUAUUUGCAAACGUGUAUCAAAAAGGAAUUUGAUCAAACAAUUAAGCAUAUUCUCGUACCCAAACAAUUAUUUGCAGCGAUAGAAGGGGCGCUUGAAUAUGGAUCAAACACGAAAAUAAUAUAUUCACGUGUGAUUACCAUGACUUAUGGAAUUAGAACGACUUCUUGCGAAGAAGAGCAGAGAAAAAGAUUUUUGAGAUUAGUACAAAAGGGUACAGAUGUGCAAGUAAAUCAAGAAUUUGAAUAUGAAAUUCGUCCAUGUUAUAAAAAUCAAACAAAAUUUUCAGUUGAAUUGCAUGCUACGACGGCACCAAAUGCUAUAUAUUGUGAUGAACCUGGUAUGAAGCAAAUUGGAACGAUUGACAUAGUAGUCCCGAAAUCAUGGUCUAAUCGAUUCAUAAAUCUUGUAUUGUUUUUUGGACAAAUCGAAAUACACCCUUAUCCAAAAUUUAUGAAUUAA